AUGGGCAACAUCUCGACUCCGCGUGUAACCUGCAGUUAUCUGAACUCGUACCUCGGCAGAAAUGUCCUUAUCGUUGGCAAGGUCAUGGAGCUCCGCGGUGACGAGGCCAUUGUUGACGCCGAUGGCAACAUCACGGUCCACCUGAACCGAGAAGCCCACUUGUCAAAAGGCAAUGGUGUGCAGGUAAUUGGCAAAGUGAAUCCGGACCUCUCUAUCAAGGCGCUCACUACGCUGGAUCUGGGCACGGAAGUUGAUUUCACUCUAGCCAACACAGUUGUCGAAAUCUCCCAUCAACACCCUGAGGUCUUCCAUUCCUGA